UCCGGGUCCGUGUCAGUGCAGUUUGGAACACGAAAGCGGUCACAAUGUACCCGGAACGCUGCGGAAACAGCCGGAAGAUGACGAAACCCGUGCUGGCUAUCACCAUUAUUGCCCUGCUCUCGAUGCUUGCCCAGGUGAUCGGUUACUCGGGCCUGAUACCAGCGGAUCCAGAGAAUCCUGGCAAAUGCAUCUAUCGUGGUGAUGUCCUGGAGCUGGGCGUCAACAAUGGCAUCUCGCCAUGUCAGCGGCUGACAUGCAACAAGGAUGGCUCCAUACUUAUCGAGGGAUGUGGAAAACUGCGCAUCGAGAACUGCAAUCGCGGGGAGAGGAUAAAACCCGGCGAACCCUUCCCGGAAUGUUGCAAGCUGCGUUACAAGUGCAAGGAGAUUGGGGCAGCGCCCUAUUACAUCGAGAGGAAUACGGCGGAGAAGGUCUAGGAAAAGCAAGGACAUAGCCAGAGGAUGCCUUUAACCUCACCCUAGAAGCCACUAAUAUAUAUAUAUGUUUUUCCACAAUUUGCUAAUUUAUUUGUCAACUUGUAUAUCUCAAUAUAAGCAGAAUGUUUUGUUUUUUUUUUAUUAUUUGUAACAGACGAAA